UUUUUCCUCAUUGAGGCUCGGGAACCAGUUUGAUAAAGGUCACUGUCGGUCAUCUAAGGCCAAGAGUUAUCUAAAUGGUCCGUCCACAGUGCACAUCACUACACUGCUGUGCUCCGUACAAUACAUCACUCAAGACACUGCUGCUGUUAUCAAAGUUUAUACUGAACUCCCAGAAGCUGGAAUACGUUGAACAAGUAAUUUUCCAAAGACAAGAUGAGAGAUUGGCUGAAUAUCGUGUCACCAAUGAUGUUUCUGGUACUAGUAGCCGCUGGAGAGAGUGACCGCGAUGUGAUCCUGAAUAAGUUGCCUGGGGACAUUUGUGGAACACGACCACGCAUUUUGGACUCUAAAACAUUAGCCGGAAGUCGCGUACAGUUAGGAGAGUACCCAUGGAUCGCUGCUCUAUUUUACCCAAGAUUUUCUUCGAAUUCUACUGAUUUUCGUUGUACUGGAAGCCUAAUCACGGAUCAGUAUGUACUAACAGCCGCCUAUUGCGUAGACUCUACCAAGUUACCUAUAAAUAAACCGGCAAAAGUGCGCCUGGGAGAGUUGGACCUUGAAAGUUCGACAGACGGCGCCACUACCAUAGACGUGGAGGUGGAGAAGGUCAUACUUCACCCGGGAUACAACGAGUCUAUAAAUACAAAUGUGAUUGGUCUAAUCAAGCUCAAGAGGAAAGUUGAAUUUAACGAUCUAGUAAGACCAAUCUGCUUACCUUAUGCUGAGGAAUUCCAGAAUAACGAUUUCGUUAAUUCUACUGUAGAGAUUGCGGGAUGGCGAGUCAUAGGAAACGAUGAUGUAAAAAGUCACCUAAAGAAAGCUGAACUCUCCGUAACCGACUUAGCAGAAUGCCGUACAAACAUUACCUCCAUAAAGAGGACAGCGGUAAUAGACAAGAGGGUCAUCUGUGCCUACGCAACUGGAAAGGACGCAUGUAAAGGGGAUGGUGGUGGUCCUCUGAUGAUUACGAGAACGAUUAAUAACAGUAUGAGGAAUUAUUUGUUGGGACUGGUAUCAUACGGGGCUUCUAGGUGUGCAGCGGAGGGUUUCCCUGGGGUAUAUACAAGAGUGUCGGAGUACAUACCUUGGAUCUUAGAUAACAUUGAAGUUUAGUUAUUAAGUUCCAAGUGAUAUCUGUUCAUUGUAAUAAUUAGAUAAUAUUGUAAUUGUAACCUCUAAAAUAAAAUAACAGUUUGGAUCGUAACUU